AUGGCUGAGGUCGUUGGUACAGUUGCAUCUGUCGCUCAGCUUGUCCAACUGAGCGGUGCCCUACUCGCCGGCGGCUACAACUUCCUAUCGAAGGUCGCGCGAGCGCCCAGCGAGAUCCGGAGUCUCCUGACGGAAACCGCGGCCGUCAACAGCCUUCUCGCGCAAUUACAGCAAAUAGCAGAUACAUCGCCCAAGGCAGCUUCAGAAGAUGCGCUGCAGGCUCUUGAACGUGUUGGUGUCUUUCAAGAAUGUCAGUCAACGCUCAAGUCGAUCGAGCGGGCGCUGGCAAAAUGCGAGCAGGUCAAUGGUCAAGAUGCAAAGAACUUUGGAAGGAAACUGAUGUGGCCUUUCAAAGAGAAAGAAACCAAAGACGCUCUGCAGAGGCUUCAUCACAUGCGCGGGUUGCUUGCGAAUGCUAUCGAGGCCAACUCUGCAUCGGCAAUUCGGCGCAUCGAAGUAGGGCAAGGCCUCAUAUCAGACGAGAUGAAGAAUAUGUCUGAGCAGCUCCGUGCGCAGAUGAGUCGUGAGGAGACACAGAAGGGACGAUAUCCAACCCUUGCCACGACACAUGUCAUUCUUGCAGAGAACAUGCGUCCCGACAUCCAGCAUUACGUCGCGGAAGAACUUCAAGUGCGUGUUGCAAAAGGUGUGCUCAAAGUUAAGAACAAAGACAUCUUGUCCUCGAUGCGACAACAGAUCGUCCUCUGUGCGGGCACGUAA